AUGCCUCAGGCCACGUACCUUCGCAUGCCUUUUUUUCUCUUGUACACAGAAGAGAAGAGAAUACGCUCUGAUUGUUUCCUUAAACCAAUCAAUUCCACCAAAUCAACCGCAGCCCUCUUCACCUCUCCGAUCACAACGAUGCCCGGCGGUGAUUCCAUCACCACCACGGAUACUUAUUCUGCCGCCGCUGAAGACGAGUCCAAAAAAGCUAACGUUUUCCGCAACACACAAGCUGGAUUUGAAGGUUUGAAGCUCUCUUCUGAGUUAAUGAAGGCGUUGUAUGAGGAGAUGAAGUUUGUGAGGCCCAGUAAGUUCCAAUCAAUGAUUUUACCGAUGAUACUAACUCCGCCUUACAAGAAUCUGAUCGCUCUGGCACCUACUUGCUCCGGGAAGACAACUUGUUUUCUGCUCGGCAUGUUUAGUCGCGUUGAUCCUACAUUACCUGCUCCUCAGGCUCUUUGUAUAUGUCCAUCCAUAGAACUGGCCGUUCAGAAUAUGGAAGUGCUACUGAAGAUGGGAAAGUUUACUGGCAUAACAUCAGAUUUGUUUAUUCCUGCCGAUAAAGCUAAUUAUAUUCCGGUGACAGCACAGGUCAUUAUUGGCACACCGGGUACAAUUAAUAGAUUGAUAACAGCCAAGAAGUUGGGUACAUCUCAUUUAAAGAUUCUUGUGUUUGAGGAGGCAGAUUAUCUGUUGGUAGAGGUGAUCUUAUGGAAAUUUGUUUCUUUUUUUUUUUCUACCAAUUCCACCAAAUCGACCGCGGCCCUCUUCAUCUCUCCGAUCACAACGAUGCCCGGCGGCGAUUCCAUCACCACCACGGAUACUUACUCCGCCGCCGCUGAAGACGAGUCCAAAGAAGCUAACGUUUUCCGCAACACACAAGAUGGAUUUGAAGGUUUGAAGCUCUCUUCUGAGUUAAUGAAGGCAUUGUAUGAGGAGAUGAAGUUUGUGAGGCCCAGUAAGUUCCAAUCAAUGAUUUUACCGAUGAUACUAACUCCACCUUACAAGAAUCUGAUCGCUCUGGCACCUACUUGCUCCGGGAAGACAACUUGUUUUCUGCUCGGUAUAUUGAGUCGCGUUGAUCCUACGUUACCUGCUCCUCAGGCUCUUUGUAUAUGUCCAUCCAUAGAACUGGCCGUUCAGAAUAUGGAAGUGCUACUGAAGAUGGGAAAGUUUACUGGCAUAACAUCAGAUUUGUUUAUUCCUGCGGAUAAAGCUAAUUAUAUUCCGGUGACAGCACAGGUCAUUAUCGGCACACCGGGUACUAUUAAUAGAUUGAUAGCAGCCAAGAAGUUGGGUACAUCUCAUUUAAAGAUUCUUGUGUUUGAGGAGGCAGAUUAUCUGCUGCUAGAGGGCUGCUUCAAAGAAGAGGCUGUAUUAAUGAAGGAAGUUGUCAGGUGGAGUCCCAAAUGCCAGGUUCUACUGUUUUCGGCUACACUCAGUGACACCAUCAAGGCUUUUGUAUCGACAAUUGUGAAAGAUCUUUCUGUACAAGGAUUCCGCCAAUUGUUGGUUAACAAAGAAGAGCUGUCUUUGGAUUCUGUCAAGCAAUAUAAAGUGAAUUUACCCGACGAGCUCUCAAAGAUUAUGGUUAUAAAGGAUAAAAUAAUGAAGUUGGGAUGGCAAACAGUUAUAUUUGGCGGAACAAGUAAAAGUGCCCGAAGGUUACAUGAGGCACUUGUUAAGCAUGGUUAUGCGGUAACAACAGUUGAAGGUCCUCUUACACAAGACGACAAAGAUAAGAUAAUCAAAGAAUUCAAAGACGGGUUGACUCAGGUUCUAAUAUCAACACAUCUUCUUGCUCCGGGGUUUGAUCAAUGUCAGGUUAAUCUGGUGGUUAACUAUGAUCUCCCAGCUAUAUUUGAUGAUCCUACAGAGCUUGACAAUGAAGCGUACUUGCACCGCGUAGGUAGAGCAGGACAGUUUGGUCGCAAGGGAGCUGUAUUCAACUUACUAUGUGGUGAUGAUGACAACAUACUUAUGGAAAAAAUCGAGAGACACUUUCAUGGUGUUACCGAGGUGCCAAGUGAUGGCGACUUCAAAGACGCGUUGAAGAAAGCUGGUUUGAUGUAAAGUUUUUGUGUUGGUCUUUAAUUUAAUGGAGAACUUGCGUCUUGGUCCUUAAUCGAAUGUUUGACUUCUAAGUCCUUAAUCUAAUGUUUAACUUCAAAGUCCUUAAUCUAAUGUUCAACUUCAAA